AUGUUUUGUUAUUCUUCGAGAACACGGACAAGAUGGCCGAUUAGGUUAAACGAUAGUUUUUUAACGUUCUCAUGUCGAUAACUCGUCGUUGUGCGCUUUUAAAAUUAAAUGUUAUACGAAAAAUCCGAGUGUACAUCGCCGGCGAUCAAGUGUUACGUUCGACAAAGGCCGAGGCCGCUGCAAUCAGAUUUCCUGUGCUCAAUAAACCGACACGUUCGUAAUGUUUACGUUCCAGUAUGUAGUUGGUUUGAAAAAACUGUCCAACGUCAAGACAAGUCCGUCAGUAUUUGCUUGGAACUCGGUGGUCCCCCGGCACCGGUGUUUGAGAUGCAAUUUUUCAUCUGACGAACACUGAAAUGGCGGAUAGAGCUAAAGUGAGUUGGUAAUGGAAUCGGAUGGUAACGUCAGGACACCGGGAAGCGCCGCUUACUUUCUUGUAGGUUCGAGUCGCGUGCCAUGUGGUCCAGCUGUCUCUGGCCAGUUGACCAUUCCUGUCGGACGUCCUGUGUCCAAUCAGGAUGUAUCAGGACCCAGUCUCAUCGUUCAGAUGACACCAUCCCGCAGUCAAACACAAGAUCACCAUGCACGUGCCACUGUGGUGCGUACUACCAAUCAACCAGUGACUAUGCACCGUUUCCCUUUGCAACUCAAUCAUGCCAGCGCCAAUCAUAUACUAUCACCAAAUCAACACUUCAAACAAAUACCAGUUUAUCAGAGAAAUGCCAGUUCCAUUCAAAUGGAAUCGGUUCGAAAAAACGUUUUUGUUUCAACUCAAGUCGCCUCACCGCAACUACCUUACAGCCGAGUAGGCUUAACACCUCAUAUGUUAAUGACAUAUAUGCCACCUCGUAAUCGUCAAUCAAAUAACCAACGAUCCCGUGUUGUGCCAGUAAACCGGCCUAAUCCUAUGUUAAGACGAGAUCAUUGCCCUAGUGAUGAUGAAUUAUUGGAAGUAACUGAACAUAGGCCAGUAUAUGAUGCAAAAAAACCUGCAGAGUUAAUUAAAGUGGAACACAACUAUUGCAUUUUUCCAAGAGUGUCACCUCAACGGACAAGUCAAAUCAAUGGUUUGACAUCAACGAUAAAUGUUACUUCUGGUCAGUCAUGUAUAGUAUCACCUACAGUUUCACAGAAACAGCCACAAACCCAAUAUAAUGUUGUAAAUAAUAAUAAUAAAGUUAUCCAAAAGUCAGUAAGUAUUCCAAAUAAUGUGCCAAUACCAACGUCUGAAUCCUUACAAUCAUUGCAAUCUUUGCAAUCAUUGGUAAAGCAUGAACCACAAGUUCAAGUGGAAAGUGAAUUAAGCGCUAGUGAUCAUGAUCUCGAUGGCCAAGGUGAAGAAACUGAUACUGCACCGGAGGCUGUUGCCGAAGGCAAAGAUAAUAUUAAGUCAGAAGAACCUGCAGUAACAAGAUGUAUCUGUGAAAUGGAACAUGAUGAUGGUUUUAUGAUAAGCUGUGACAAAUGCUUAGUUUGGCAACAUGUUGACUGUGUAUUGGAGAGUAGAAAUAAUCUGCCUGAAGAAUAUUUGUGUGAACGUUGUUCCCCCAGACCUUUUAAUAAAGAAGCAGCUGCAGCUCUACAACAUAUGAAAUUGGCUAAAAGGAUAGCAAUGGCUUCAGCCUCACAUUUACGACACUCAAGUGACUCUGAUCUUUCUUCAGAACUAGAUAUGCCAAUAGAGCGAAACAAUAUUCAAAAUAAAAGAAAAAAAUAUAAAAGCAGACAAAAAAACACUCCUAAACGAAAGUCAAAUGGUUUGCCAUCAUCUCAAAUGAAACAACGUCGCAAAAGUGGUCCGUCACCUGGCCCGAGGAAAAAAGGUUCAAUGACUCCUGAAAAGAAGGCAUUGGCUGAAGAGCGGAAGAAAAUGUUAAUUAAACGUAAAGAAAUGCUAUUGGAAAAAAAACGAAUGGCAGCAAUGGAUAAAAAAAAGAAAGUAAUCCAAGAAAAGAAAAUAAUUCAAAAAAAGAAGACAAUUGAUUAUUCUUCUGAUGAUGAGCCAAAAAUAUUUAAAGCUGACAAACCGAACAAACAGCACACUAAAUCUAAUAUUGAACAACCUGUUGAUCAGUUACGAAACUGGAUUGAUAAAUAUGAAGAAGCCGUUACUAAUCAUUAUUCUCAAGAAUUGCGUGCUCGUUUAUCAGCAAUUAAACCAAAUGGCAGUGUAACAACUGGCGAACUUCGUACUCCAGUAAAAAUUCCCAUUAGUAGGACAAAAAUGUCCUUACUCCCUAGUGGGAUAAAAAUGUUAGUUAGUAGUUCAGUAUUGACUAACAAUCAGCCAAUAGUUGAAGUUCGAGGAAAAUUUACUUGGACUGGCUCAUUAGCAUACAAAGAUCCAAUACCCAAUCGAACAGACCCUUAUGUAUUUUUUUAUGUGGUUCGAUUUUCUACGGACUGUGAUAUAGAGGUCUGUGUUGAUUGUCGCACAUAUGGUAAUGACGCACGUUUUGUUCGACGCUCAUGUAAACCAAAUGCAGAGCUAAAACAUUAUAUUGAAAAAGGUUCUAUUCAUUUGUACAUAGUGGCAAAUCGGUAUAUUGAUAAAAAUACUGAAAUUACCAUUAAUCAUCAGGCUGCAGUUCCAGUUAAACGAUGUAAUUGUGGAGAUCCGUCAACAUGUACAGCUUCUAUAAGCCCAAUACCUCCUGUAACAACACCUCCUAUUCCUGUUGUACCUAAAAGUUCUUCUUCCUCACCAUUGAUAGACCCAACUGUUAGCAAUUCUUCAGACGAUGAAAACAAACCUCAGCGAAACAAAAGAACCAGACAACAAAGAAAUAUGAAGAAACCAAAUAAAAAAAUGAUUAAAAGACCUUUACCUAAGGUUGAAACACCACCUCCACCUCCACCACCGCCUUUACCCCCACUACUACCAUCACCUCUCACACCUGUUAAAAGUAAAGAACCUAAUGGACCAGGUAGGCCCAAAAGUCCUGUCAAAAAAGUGGAAACGAGUCCUGAGCCUGACCAUAAAUCAAAUAACAAUGAUAAUAAACUGGUUAAAAGAUUAAAUGAGAUGUCAAGGGAAGAGAGAAAGAUGGUAGCUAUUAUGAAAGCUUUUGAAAGAAUGGAAAAAAAAGAAGCUCGGAAACAAGAAUCGAGGUCGCAUAAAGAUACAGAUUCCUUCAAUAAUUCUUCACCCCAUAAUCUGAAUAGAAACAGAGUUCGAAAAAGUGUUGUGAAGAGGAAACAACGGUCAUCUAAUAAGAACAGUCGCUCCAAACAGUCAACAAGAACAAACAGACCCCAACGUAGAGCAGCUGCAAUUUCAUCUCGUUCUUACAAUAGUUCAUCAGAUGAAGAUGACAAUAACAAUGAUGAUGAUGAUGAUGAUGAGGACAGAAAAGGUCGUUUGCUGUCCAAAAAACGUGUUCAGAACCGUUGUAAAUUUUCGGUGCGCUUCCAACAUAGGCCAUCUCUUUCAUCUAUUCCUCGGUCUAUGUUACGGCGAUCACCACACAGUAGUCUACUUAAUACUCCCAUUAAGAUGGAUAGUGAAGAAGCUAGUGGUAGUGAAGGAACUCCUCCAACCCCGUUAUCUAACACAUGUAUGUUAGUAGCUGCUGCAGUAGGACCACUUGCUCCUGGCUUCAAAUUUCCCAAUACUAAAAAAGAUUUUGUUAACUCGUGGGUGAAAUCUGAAGGAAACUCUCCAACUGGAAGUGAAGACUUCAAACUAGGCGAAUCGGGUUGUGCAAAAAAAAGAUGGCUACAACAAGCUAUUAGUGAACAAGAUUCAGGCGGAGGAAUUAGUAAUGGAGAUCAACAAGUAGGCCCAUUGAAAAAACGACGAAUGGCACGAGAAUCUAUGUCUGAUUGUCCUUCACCAACGGUUCCUGGUUCAGGACAUAUGAAUUUCGCUGAUGAUGAUGUUAUUGAAGAUGAAGAAGUAGAGCAAGCAUCUCGUAAUAUUGCUUCUAUUGACUCCAAAUUAGCCAUAUUCGAAAAUAAGAGUAUACCAUUAAUUGAUUUGCAAAAGUCGUCUAACACAGUAGCAUUAGUUGAAUCAUUUUUGGGAGAAUUUAAACCUGAUGAUGAAAGUGCAACAGAACCUGUUACACAAGACAAGUCUAAUGUAAAAAUAAUGGUUGACAUCAAGAACGAACCAGUUGAUGAUCCUCAGCCAACCCAAGAAACUUUAAUCAAUAAGAUAAAUAACUCAAUAUCCAUAAAAAAUGAAAAUAAAGUUUCAAAUGAAGUCACUGAUCAACCAGAUACUUCUGAUGUCUGUCCACCAGUUAAUAAACCUAAUGAGACUGCAAAAGAAUCUAUUGAAGAAUGUGUUAUACCUGUCGUAGAACAACCACCUUCUUCCCCUCCCCCACCUCCUCCACCACCACCACCGCCAGUCAAGCGAAAGCUUUCGUUAUCUGAGUACAGAAGACGGAAAGAAUCACAAGCAACCGUCGCCAAAGAAAAGGAUGUUGAAUCUGGAAUCAGUGAUACUCGGCCAUCGCCAUCUGUAUCUCCUAAUACGACUCUUGCCGCUUAUGAAGAGAUUACUCAACAAGUCAUAGCCAAAUCCCUUGAAUUGGAAUCAAAGUUGGCAUUGCAAUCCACUCCAUCUCUUUUUGAAACAACUAUAUCCAAAGAAGAACCAAAACAAUGGGAAAAUCUAAAUGAUAGGUUGAGGAGACAAUUUGGAGUCAACAUCACUGAAGACUUACCUAAAAGACAUCCAAGGUUGUCACCUCCACCUGAAUACACACCUACAGCUAUUGAGUCUUCACGAUAUUCAUAUUAUCAUCGCUCAGAUGAGCAACUCUAUUCGUGCGGGAAAGAGGAUUUAUUGUUACCAUCAGCCGCUGUCCAUGACAAUGGCCCUCCAAAGCUUUUUAGUCCUCCAUCACAAGCUUAUUUUUCAACUAUGUUUUUUAGACAGCCGCCACCCCCGCCACCUCCACCGCCACCCCCUGUAUGA